AUGGAUAAUAAUGACAAAUUGCAGAUCGUCAAAGACGCUAUAAAGACGUAUGUAAAUUUUCCAAAAGAGGGAAUAAUUUAUAAGGAUAUUUUCGGAGUGUAUCAAAAUGUUACAGCUAUGCGUGCAAUGAAUGAUUUGAUAAUUAAUCAUGUUAGAUCUUUGGAGAAAAUUGAUGUAAUCGUGGCUUUAGAUUCACGUGGAUUUCUUCUAGGACCAAUUAUAAGCUCUGAAUUAGGCAAACCGUUUGUUCCAAUUAGAAAAAAAGGGAAAUUACCGGGAAAUGUAAAACGUGAGAGUUACACUUUGGAGUAUGGUGAGGCCACGAUGGAAAUCCAAACAGACAGUAUAAGCAGUGGCAAGAGAGUAUUGAUUGUUGAUGAUUUAUUAGCAACUGGAGGAACUAUGGCUGCUUCAAUAAAAUUAGUCAAAGCAAUUGGCGCAGAAGUCGUUGAAUGCCUUGUAUUAAUGGAAUUAAAUUCACUUAAUGGACGAUCGAAAUUACCUGUACCUGUAUUUUCAUUGAUUCAGUACAACUAA